AUGGAUGGCCGCGUGGCAGCCGUCCAGAUGAUGGGGUCUUCGGAGUGCAUGGGGACGGAGAUGUCGACGACCUCUGCGCCGGCGGCUUCGAAGCCUUCUCUCGCUGCCUUGCGCACCAGGUCGCGCACUUCCGGCGACAGACCCGGCGCGACGAACGACUCGGUCAGAAGCCCUACCUUCAUGACGGGUCGUCCAGGCUCGGAGCUUGCAUGGCGAUACUCAUCGACUAGGGCGGGAUAG